GAUUGUUUAUGUUUUCCCUGUCCUCGACUUCUUGUGCUUGACUUGAACUGUUCCAUCACCUUUUUCCUCGUCAAUGGCCAUGUGGAGCACGGCCUGUCGGCGGGUCAUGAGGGCACGACCCAUCCCCAUUGCCCUCGGGUGCCCUCCUCGACCCAUGGAAUUGGUCACUCGAUUAGAUGGGCAGAAAACCGCCUCCAAAUCGUCGCUCUCGGCGUCGACCGGCGGGUCCCCCCACCCACCCUUGCCGAUGAGGGAGGCCGAGCGGCCCGAGCGGCCCGAGCGGCCCGAGCGACUCUUUAUUCAAGUGGAUUUGGAGCUGCGGGCUCAUCAACCGGCCGUGCUCAAGAGUUACGCCUGGUUCUUGGAGGAAGUGGCGCGGAUCUUGGAGGUGGGCGUGUUGGUCUCCGAGGGUGAGGAGGAGCCGCACAAGGUACGCAAGACGCUGCUAAAGCCCGUGUUUGCUCAUUCCAAGCAUCGGGUUCAGUACGAGAUGCGCACUUAUUACUGGGUCAUCCAACUCUCCCGGUUAACUCAAAGUACACGCGAUACCUACUUGGAAUAUGUCCAACGUAAUCUACCCGAAGGCGUGUCCAUGGUGGUCCGAAACCACGAGAUUCGGCCGCUACCUCAGGCCAUUUUGAACGAUCUACGUAAGCGCGAGACGCCGGAAGCCUCAUCUUCGGGUUGAAAAAGUGACCUUUGCUGCUAUGGACUUUGAAUUUGUCUCCGGUCCGAGUUGGUUUGUGAAGGGUGCGCCUCUAAAUCAAGGGAUAGAUAUAUUCCAGAAUGAGCUUUUUGAAUCGGUCAUUGAACACCUUUUCAAGUGGUAUGUAUCAAUGGACCGGGAUCAACCACGAGGCCCGAUCUUCGCCCUACCGUCAUAAUUGUUAAUAUCCAUCAGAAAAAGUCUUAGUGAACUAAAGUAAUGAUAAUUUAUUUUUUUCGA